UAAACACUUUUAAGACAGCCCUACAAUAUAUGCUAGGUGGUCUACCUAGAAAGAGAGAGGAUGAAGUUCCACAGGGAGGUUACAGAGAAGCUAGAGCUCUACAAGCACCUUUCAUGCAAUACAAAGGGAAGAUGGGAUUCCUCCUUGGACUCCUCGUGAUCACCAGCUUAUGCCUGUCUGCAUCUUCAACACCACUCGACGAUAAGCCCUUCCUUCCAGGGAGAUCCAGGACAGAUACUUUGCAGGAGAAUAAUCUGGGAGCUGCAGGCACACAUGAACAUGGCAUCGGUAGCAUUGACGAUGAUUCUAACGAAAGAAGUGGCAUAGUACACAGCAGCAAAUUUGCACAUGGCGGCUCAGCUCAUGGACGUGCACAUGGUGGUGGAGCAACUGGGGCAGCUGACGAUGCAAAUGGUGCUGGCGAAGCACAAGGAGGUGGAGCAGUCGUCCCGGUUGUCAUAGCAGGUGCUGCAGCUAAUCACCGACCAAACAACCACCACAAUGCUGGCAGCCGCCAAGUGAACUGCAUCGUGCCUACAUUGAUUACAACCACCUUUGUUGCUCUCAUUGUACAUUAAGCUAAGUGUAGAAUGACCCAUUACGCUAAAAAUAAUGGUAUUUGUCACUCAGUUUCGGGUUGUGUUUGGAGCCUGCCUUACAGUAAUAUACAAGUCUGUGUUUGUGCACUUUGUA